GACGACACGGGUUUCUACAAAGAUGGAGAACCUGAGCUCAGAAAUUGGUCACCUGAGGAACCGAAUAACUAUAGAGGCACUGAAUGUUGUGCAGAGAUGUUUGACAGCGGGGUAUGGAAUGACAGAGACUGUGAUGCCGUCUGUAAUGUAGUCUGCAUUUACAUCGCAGAGUCAGAUGUGACAUUUGUCUUCAUCAAAAACAUGAUGACAUGGACGGACGCCCAGAGCUUCUGCAGAGCUAAUUACACCGACCUGGCCAGUGUGAGAAACAUGUCAGAGAACCAGCAGAUAAAGGAGCUGAUACCCAAAGGAAAAAAAGCCUGGAUCGGCCUUUUCAGAGACUCCUGGAAGUGGAUAGAUGGAUCCAGCUCCUCGUUUAGAUACUGGGAUACAAAAGAACCAAACAACAAUUUUCACAAGGAGAUGUGUGUGGCAGCAUACUUUGAAAAGGAAGGAAAAUGGGAAGAUUGGAACUGUGAUUAUAAGAGAGCAUUUGUUUGCUACAGUGAAGUACGUGCUCGCAGCAAGCAUGUAGUGAGACUGGGGCUGGUGAAAAACUCCAGUGUGGACCUGAGUGACCCUGCUGUGAUGGAAGACGUGCUGAAACAGGCAGAUCACUUAGAUUUUUACUUUGUGUUUCCUUUUCAUCUUUUUCAGCACUCUGUUGGGUUUUGAAUUUUGGAAACAAAACUACAACUACACAUGUGGUGUAGACACCCAACUGAAAAAUGUCCAAAACCAGUUUUAUGAUCGACAAAGUGAAAAACUUUGAAAAACCAGCUCAAACAUACAAGUAACCAGUAAAUAUUCUAUUGAAAAAACAAACAAAGAUAACACAACACAUUUCACAUGGACAUUUGUUGCAUGCACUCUUUAUUUAAACAACUGCAAACUUCCACCAGCACUUAGUUUUUAACCAAAAGCUAUAACUACUGUCAUUUUUAAUCUAUUUAUCUUUGUGUUUAAUGUCCUGAGAAGUUUGGCAGAGGUUCAGGGUGGGAAGGACAAUAGUCUGCGUGGGCGGGUAGAGCGCAUUGAGUGGUGGUAAUAACCCUGUGGAGGGCUUUCCUCCCUGCUCCUGGCACACAGAUGCAGUAUGACAUGGAUAUCUAUUGCUCCACUGGUGCCACCUACAGGAGUUUUCCACCUUGAUUGCUCAGCCAAACUGUGUGGGGUGUGUGCUGAACACAGUGCAUGCCUCAAAUCGCCCUCCAGUGAAGUGAUUCAUGUGCCUGUGAUGUCACUGCCCA